AUGGAGCUGCUGGAAGAGUUUGAGGCUCUGCAGGAUGAGCUGAAAGUGACGCAGGGUGAGAACGAGACAUUUUUGACGGAGCUGCGGGAGCUGCGAAGGAAGUUGGCGCAGGGCAAUGGUACGAAUAGUACUCAAAAGGCGCCGUUGGAUCCUCAGCAUGGAUCUCUCACGCUGCCGGAGGCAGUGGCGCGUAUUGCGGAACUCGAGGGCGGGACAAUGCGACUCUCCGAGGAGUUGUGUGAGACGAAGAAGCAACUUAUUGCGGCCAAGCAUCAAGCUAAUCCCAAGGAGACCACUCGUCUGCAGGUGCUGGAGGGACAACAACUUUCUUACCUUCGCUGCGCAGUCGUGAAAUUGCUCUGUGCGAAGGAAGGCGGAAGUGUGGGACGAGGUCUCUUUCCAGUGCUUAGCACACUCUUGCAGUUUAGUCAAGACGACCUGCAUCAGAUAUAUUCUGCUCACUCAGAUUGGGUAAAGCGGAGAUUUUGA